AUGGGCCACGAGCUCUCCCUGGCCGCUGCCAUUGACGGCCAUGGGAUCACGCACACUCGUGCAGAGGGAUGCGCAAAGCCAUUGAAAGGUAGCGCCGGGCCGUGCAGCCAGGCUGCACCUACAGCCGCGUCAUGUGCCCAAGGCCCAGAGGGCCCGCGCCAGGUGGCAGGGCCACCCGCCAGCAGGCCUCGGGCGGGGCGGGCCACCGCGGCCACGGGGAUGGGGCGCGAAAGACCUCGGCCCGGCGGAGACCUCCCCGCGGGAGGCUCAGCAUUGCGUUUGCCUCGCCCCCAGCCCCUGCGGCCCCCUCCAAGGAGAAGGAAGAGAGGGCGGAGGAAGGCAGCGCCGGGGGCCAAUGCCACCGCCCCGCCCGCGCCGGGGUCCGGCCCCGCCACCCGUCCCGCCAAAGCAGGGGCGGAGGCGCCCCACCCCUCCCCUGCCCUGGGCCUCGUCGGCCGCCGUCCCUCUGCCCAGGUGAACGCGUAUCCCUCCGCCGCGUCCGCCCCCACUGCCGGGCUCGCCGCCCUACAGUCCCCGGAUGGAAACUGUUAUGGCCGUCAACAGCGACUGGCCGGGCUAUGGAGAGAGGCGAGGUAA